AUGGAGAAACUGAACUUUUCAACUCCGAGUCAAUUGAAUCAAACACUUUGAGAAAUGAUUCAGUGAAUCACGACUCGUGCUGCUCAAACAGUGAACAUGAACGAGAACAACAAACACUAACAAACUAACUAAACAUGUUUUCAUCAGUCAUAAAUGCCUAAAUAUGAAGUUUAUUCAUUUGCAGCGUUAGUUUUUAGAGAUUUUGUCUAACCAGGUCAUUUAAGACCAUUAACUCUGUUAAUUAUUCUCUUAAAGAUGGAGUUUAAAACAGAGGAGAAGAGUGAAGAUAUAAAGAUGGAGUUUAUUAAAGAUGAGACCGAAGACAUGAAGAUGGAGAUUAAAAAAGAGGAGGAGAGUGAAGAUAUAAAGAAGGUGUUUAUUAAAGAGGAGGAGAGUGAAGACAUGAAGAUAAUUAUUAAAGAGGAGUCUGAAGACAUGAAGAUUGAUGAAACAUUCAGAGUGAAACAUGAAGAUAUUGAGGAACAAACAGACCUGAUGGGACUGAGAGAGGCGAGUCUUGGACUUAAUGAAAGGGAUGAAGAGAAAGAACAUUAUAAUUUAAUGAGUGAAGAAAAAUCAACAAAGUUUUCCUUACAAAAAGGAGCUCAAAAGACAGGAACUAAAAGUUAUUUCACCUGCCAACAGUGUGGAAAGAGUUUCAGUCGAAAAGGUAACCUUAAAGACCACAUGAUGAUUCACACUGGAGAAAAGCCUUACACCUGCACUUUGUGUGGGAAUGGCUUCAAACGGGAGCAAAGCCUCAGGCAACACAUGAGAGUUCACACUGGAGAAAAGCCUUACACCUGCCAACAAUGUGGAAAGAGUUUCAGUCAAAAAGGACACCUUAUAGUCCACAUGAGAAUUCACACUGGAGAAAGCCCAUUCACCUGCAAACUAGUGAAAUAA